AAAUUCAAAAUGUCCGUCACUAGCCACGAAAACCGAAAGUCUCGCUCCAGUUCCGGCUCUAUGAACAUCCAACUGUUCCACAAGACGUCACAUGCCGACAGCCUCUUGACACAGCUCAACUUACUUCGCAAGCGUAAAGUCUUCACAGAUGUCGUCCUGAAAGCCGGGAACCGGGCCUUCCCCUGCCACCGGGCCGUCCUGGCAUCCUGCAGUCGAUACUUUGAGGCCAUGUUCAGCGGCGGACUGAGGGAGAGCCGUGACGCCGAAGUCAACUUCCACGACUCCCAUCCGGAGGUGCUGGAACUGCUGCUCGACUACGCCUACUCGGCCCGAAUCAUCAUCAAUGAGGAAAACGCAGAGUCCCUGCUCGAGGCCGGAGAUAUGCUUCAGUUCCAUGACAUCAGGGAUGCGGCGUCGGAGUUUCUAGAAAAGAAUCUCCAUCAGUCCAACUGUCUGGGGAUGAUGUUGCUGUCAGACGCCCACCAGUGCCAGAGGCUGUACGAGCUGUCGUGGAGCAUGUGUCUGGGAAACUUCGCGACCCUUUACAAAACCGAGGACUUCCUGAACCUUCCCAGAGACAAAGUGCACGAGCUGAUCCUCAGCGAAGAGCUGGAGGUAGAGGACGAGAGCCUGGUGUACGAGGCUGUCAUCGAUUGGGUCAAGGCCGACAUGGAGCAGAGACACAGCGAGCUGCCAGAGUUGUUGCGCUGUGUCCGUCUGGCGCUUCUACCCGAGACGUACCUCCUCAACAACGUGGCUUCAGAGGAGCUGGUCAUGUGUCACAAGGUGGGCCGAGAGAUUGUCGAAGACGCCGUGCGGUUGCAAGAUGAGGACCUCCAGAACGACGGCAUCGUGACGGGAUUCUGCGCCCGGCCCCGAAAGGUUAGCCAGGCCUUGUUGCUGCUUGGAGGACAAACCUUCAUGUGCAAAGUGUAUGUGAUUGACAACAAGACCAAGAGAUCACCCCCCAAAACUGACAUCCCGAGUCCCAGAAAGGAAUGCAGCGCCUGUGCCAUCGGUUGUAAGGUAUAUGUCACUGGAGGGCGCGCUCUUGAGAACGGGGCCUCCAAAGAUGUCUGGACCUAUGACACUUUGCAUGAUGAGUGGUCCAAAGCGGCGCCCAUGCUAGUUGCCAGAUUCGGACACGGCUCAGCGGAGUUGGACCACAUACUUUACGUUGUGGGAGGACACACCUCUCUUGCAGGAUCCUUUCCCGCCUCCCCGUCAGUGUCACUAAAACAGGUGGAGCAGUAUGACCCACAGACCAACAAAUGGACGCUGGUGGCUCCGCUCAGAGAAGGCGUGAGCAACGCCGCUGUUGUCGGCGCUAAGAACAAGCUGUUUGCCUUCGGAGGAACCAGCGUCAACAGAGACAAAUAUCCCAAGGUUCAGUGGUUUGACCCUUGCCAGAACCGAUGGUCUGUUCCAGCGGCGUGUCCGCAGCUUUGGCGCUACACGGCGGCCGCGGUGGUCGGAAACCAUGUCGUCGUGAUCGGGGGCGACACUGAAUUCUCGGCCAGCUCGGCGUACCGCUUCAACAGCGAGACGUACCAGUGGUCGAAGUUUGGCGACGUGACUGCCAAACGAAUCGCUGUCAUGCUGUAGCAGCGGGAACACAGACUCUACGUGGUCGGGGGGUACUUUGGGGCUCAGAGAUGCAAGACCCUAGACUGCUAUGAUCCAUCUUCAGACUCUUGGGACAGCGUGACCAGCGUUCCUUACUCACUCAUUCCCACGGCCUUCGUCAGUACAUGGAAGUAUCUGUCGGCCUAGAAACGCACGAGUGCGUUAAGGCCUCCUACGCAACGAGGAUGAAGGGCCCGUGUGUGUUCCCCGCUGGCGUUCCCGCUAUCGUCAACAUUGGACUGGCUCGAUUCCUGGAAAGUGAAGACUGAAAGAGCGUCUUCAUCGCCUCCUACCCACCGGAUGUGUUUACCCAGAACAUCUUAUGUGACUUUCCCAUGUAGCCCCUAAGCCGGUGCGGUUGCCAUGCGCUCUUUGGAACACGUCAAGCACAGCCGGGGGAGGCCCAGGGGGCAGAAAGCUCCGUAACUUAACGCCUGAUGUUUGACUGAAAUCCUGCAACAUUUAGCCAAAAGCAAGUCUUUCCUUCCUCCUCUUCGUCACACUGGGCUUUCACUCAGGUGUACAGUAACGUAUCGAGCUGCUGACUGACCAUUGAAACUCCAUCGAGUGUACAAGCUCUAUUUCUAAACAUUGGACUUGGGCUUCCCUCAAGUUUGGCCAGCUUUAAAUUGUAUCUUCCUCCCGACAUGAAAAUACAAACUGGCAAAGCCCCAUUACAGCUGAAGAAGUUACUUAUUUUUGUGUGUCUCAGGGUUAUGUAUAUUUUUUUUACUGCAUGAAGAGGCGCAUGAACUGUACUCGCUCCAGAUUGGUGACCUCUUUAUUGUCCGUUUUUAACAAUGCUCUCUUCUUUGUGUGAAUGUACAAGUUUCAUGACAAAGGUUUUCUAGGUGACAUCUGCAGUGUUUUUUCCACCUGAAAGUUCAAAAGUGUGCUUCUUAAAAGUGACAAAACCUGACGAGUAAAACUUUGCGACAUUUCCAUUGACAGAUGUGUACCGAGUUAUUUAUAGCUACUGUAUCAUGUUUUUGUUUUUCAUUGGAGCAUUUUAAAUAGACUGACAAAUAGUUUUUAUAUUUUCUUAAUAAGUGAUCAUUUCUUUUUGAUUUGCACAGUUUGUAUGAGCGCUCUUCGUGGUCUUAACUUUAUUAGUCUUAACCUUUUUGAAUCAAGCUAACUUAAUUUGAUCAGACAUGCUGAAAGACUGUCUGUUACUUCUCUUCCUCUUAAAUGUCAAUAAAGUAAUAAUCCUGUUCAAAGCAGCA